UUCUUUUCUAAAAUUUUGGGACUUGGGGGCCUUAGGAAAUUGCCUAACUCGCCUAAGGGAAGGGCCGGCCCUGCCCCAACUAUUGAAUUAUAUAUUAAAAAAAAACACUUAAAAUUUUGUUGACAAGUUUAUUAAUGAUAGGCUUACGAUCCAUUUGGUUGAAUUUAGGACACAUAGAAAAAUUUUGGUUUUUAUUAUUUAUUUUUAUUUUUUUUGAAAGAUUAUGGUAUUCACUUUUCCAUUUUUUCCCCCUCAAAAAUAAAUUGUGGUGAAUAAUUUUGAAUUUUUUUUUGGGAUGGGGAUCCUAUUGUUCAGUUUGGUAGCUGUGAAAAUUUGGAUGGAGAGUUGAAUAUAAUAAUAAUAAUUGUUUCUUUUGAAUUAGUUGAUGAUCUUUGAUAUGGGUUUUACAAGAAUUACUUUAAUUUUUGUUUGUUCAAUUUUUGCCUACUCAUUAGUUUGGGUAUGCCUAUACAAUCUGAAAAUAUUUUGUUUUUUUCCUGAACUAGUGAAUGAUUUUUGAAAUGGGUUUUGGAAAAAUUGAUUAAAUUUUUGUUCAUUGCACGCUUGCCCACCCAUUUGGGCCCAUUAGUUUGGAAAUGCCUAUUCUAAUAGCAGCAGUUUUGAUGAACUAAUGACCUAAUAGGUAUAUGUUACCAUUGAAUUCUGUGAUUUCCUCUGGUUGGUUUUGGAGUUGACAGAGUAGGAUGUAUGGGUUUUAGAUUCUACACUUCUCUUCUCAAGAUAUGGUGCUAGUUCACAUGGUAGACUCUGCAGCCCAAAGGGUGCUAAUAUCUUGGAGUCUUGGUUGGAUAUAGUUUGCUUUGCGGUGUUGUCUUGUUUCAUCAGUUUUUGUUUUUGCAUUUCUUGUGCCUCUUCUAGGGAUGGCAACGCUGCCUAUCGUUCUUGUGACUUGCACUCUCUGUGAAUUCAUUUGUUGUUGUUGAAAUUUGUAUGUGGUAAGGUUCUUGGAAAACUGAUAAGAAGUUUCUUUCUUACUUGAUCUGUCCCAACCUUUUCAGUUUAGUGCUACUGCUUCAUGUUUAUUUGAGGGUGUUUCUGUGGAUCAAUAAAUUGCUCACUCCUAUGUGUCAUGGAACUUGCUUAAUAGGGAAGAUGGAUCUUGAGACGGAAAACAGAAUAGCUGCUAUGCUUAUGAAAGAAGCAGCAGAAUUGCGGCGACAAGCAGAGAGGGAAGGUGUGCAUGUCUAUCUUCGAGAACGUAAAGAAAGGUUUCGGCCUAAUUCACGGUUUCUAACUGCUACUGUUCUUGGCGUGCAACAAGCAAAUCGGGCAGUGGAAGUGAAUGAGAUGUGGCGAGUCCGGCAGAAAGAAAUAGAGCUGGACGAAAGGAUCAAAGGCAGAUUGAGAGAUGGGAGCAGCAGUGACAGCAGUCUUAGGGAUAAUAACUUCACAAGCACAAAUAAGAGGCCUUCCAAAAGUGCUAACACUGCCAGUGCUUCAGGAUCAUCAAAUGAAAGAGGGUAUGAGAAUGGCUAUUCAAAGGAAGAUGAAGAGCUUGAGAAGUUUCUACACUCAAGGUCUGUGUGCGUGGUAAAACGUGGCAGAGGUGGUGUUGGGCCAAGAAUGGAUGAAACAGGUCCAUACCUUCCACAUCGUCCAGACUUUAGGGAAGAGGAGCUUUCAAGAAGCCCUGGCGUAGGGAAAGGCCGUGUCAUCUAUGGUCCUGAAAAGCCUUCUUCAUUAAAGUCAUACGAUUCUUCUGAAGAGGAGCUUCAUGAGCAAAAGCGAAAGAAGGCAAAGAAGGUUCACUCAGGGAGCUCUGACAAGCAGCACUCGAGGAAGCACAGAUCCAAAGAUAAGUCAGAAGAUAAGAAAAAGAAGAGGAAGGAGGAGAAAAGAAAUAAGCGUCACAAGUAAGGCUAUUUUAUAUUGUGCUGUGUUCUCCCAUAAAGGUCACAAUUUAGUGUAUCAUGUGUAUGUCAAUUUGAAUGGAAAUCCCUAUUUGUACAAAGUUGAUUUUUCACAAUAGAUUUUUACAAUAAUAUAAAUUUAAGGAAAGAAAAUAGAUUGAACACAUUUGGACUUCAA